AUGGUAACUGUAAGUGCUACCAACAUAAUGUUGGAUCAACUGUAUUCGAAAAGUGAUUCGAAGAAAUUAGCACGACAGAAUAGUGGGCCAUAUUCUUCCGCCACUACUCCCAUUUCUUCUAGCAGUAAUUCGAUUUCCGGUAUUUUGAUAAAAUACGAGAUUGACGAAACUUUGGAAAUCAAAGAGAAAAGCAUGCAAGGUCAUGAGACUGCUGACAACAAUCUGCGGACCCAGAAGAAUGAGAAAAUUCCAGAAUCAAAACAGAAACCAGAAAAAGAAUACAAAUGCGAAAAGUGUGCUCGAACCUAUACACAACAAUCUCUUUUGACUCACCAUCAAAAAUACUUAUGCGACAUGGUCUCAAAGGUCACAUGUCAAUUCUGCUUCAAAGAGUUUACACGGAAAAGUAGUUUGAACCGUCAUGUGGACUCUUUACAUCUUAAAACAAAUUUACAGGCAACAGAAACCAAGCAUUAUUGUGACACAUGUACUCGAAGUUACGUUCGGUUGAGUGAUUUAGUUCGACAUAAACGUUUAGAACAUGCAGCAAUCAAGCCACAAUUUAUUUGUGAUUUUUGCGGAUAUCAAACGACUGUGAAAAGAACCUUGGCAGUUCACAUUCAUUCACGCCACUUACCGAAAUCGAAACGAAAACGUAUUUGCGACAUAUGUUCGCGAAGCUUUACUUGGUUAAGUACUUUAAAUCGCCAUAAACGUUUAGAACAUGCAGAAGUCAAACCUCCAUUUAUUUGCAGUUUUUGCGGAUAUAAAUCGAAAUUGAAAAGAAGCUUGUUAGAACACAUUUCUUUACGACACUUAAAGUCACCGAAAUCGAAUAAUAUUCUUGAAGUUAUAAAUGGUUAAGUGCUUUAAAUCGAUAUAAAAGUUUAGACCAAUCUAUAUUCCAGCCACAAUUUAUUUGCGACUAUUGUGGCUACAAAACGAAUAUGAAAAAUAGCUUGUCAAAAGAUUACUACACUCAACCUCAAGUCAUUCAGUAAUACAUAAAAAAAACAGUUUUGCGUUCCAUCAUAGGCGUACCUCAAAUAAAAAUUUUGCAAUCACUACAUAAUACUCAGUUUUACAUUUCUAAGUUUCCAAAU